AUGACUGCUCUCCGGAACCCGAAGGAAACAACCAUUGCAUCGAGAAGGGGAAUGGAGAAAAUCAUCUACGACUUAUACUCUGAUCUCUUCGACAGUCAUGUCCACUUGCUUCCUCACCAUCUGAGGGAAGACGGACAUGUUAUUCCAGAAGUUCUCCCGUCCGAAAUAAGACAUGCUGUCAUGUCGGUAAGAAAUCGUACGGCAUCCGGUCCCGACAGAAUAAGACCAGAACGCCUGAAGGACCCUCCGCCAGUACUCAUCAACACCAUGGUGAUGCUCUUUACACGUUUUGGAAUGCAAGGUUCCUAA